GCCUCCUUCCUCCUCUCUCUCUCUCUCUCUCUCUCUCUCUUUCCCUCGACUUUUCCAGCACGAAAAACCAAUUUAGGGUUUCCUCCGAUCCGAUCCGAUCCCGUUCCCUCCUCGAUCGGCCCCCGAAUUCUCAGCCGGCGAUUUCGGAGAUGGUCCUCUCGCAGAAGCUCCACGAGGCGUUCAAGGGCACGGUGGAGCGGAUCACCAGCCACCGCACCGUCUCCGCCUUCAAGGAGAAGGGCGUCCUCAGCGUCUCCGAGUUCAUCGUCGCCGGCGACAACCUCGUCUCCAAGUGCCCCACUUGGUCCUGGGAAUCGGGCGAGCCGAGCAAGAGGAAGCCGUAUCUGCCGGCAGAGAAGCAGUUCCUGAUCACUAGAAAUGUUCCUUGUUUGCGGAGAGCUGCUUCUGUGGAAGAAGAAUACGAGGCUGCGGGAGGGGAAGUUUUGCUCGAUAACGAAGAUAAUGACGGCUGGCUUGCCACCCAUGGGAAGCCGAGAGAAACUAAGGGAGAUGAGGAGGAUAAUUUGCCUUCUAUGGAGAGCUUAGAGAUUGGCAAGAAGAAUCCUAUUCAGUCCAUUCCUACAUAUUUUGGUGGAGAGGAGGAAGAAGACAUUCCGGACAUGGCAGAGUACGAGGAUCCCGACAACCUGAUCGAGACGGAUCCUGCAACACUUCAGACUACUUAUCUGGUGGCUCAUGAACCUGAUGAUGACAACAUACUGCGGACCCGAACUUAUGAUGUCAGCAUAACGUAUGAUAAGUACUAUCAAACUCCUCGGGUUUGGCUCACUGGAUAUGAUGAGUCAAGGAUGCUUUUGCGACCAGAGCUUGUACUUGAAGAUGUUAGUCAAGACCAUGCACGAAAAACGGUGACAAUUGAAGACCAUCCUCAUUUGCCUGGAAAACAUGCUUCAGUACAUCCGUGUAGACAUGGCGCAGUAAUGAAGAAGAUCAUUGAUGUAUUAAUGUCACGUGGAGUUGAACCAGAAGUUGACAAGUACCUUUUCUUGUUCCUUAAAUUUGUUGCCUCAGUUAUUCCAACUAUAGAAUAUGAUUAUACAAUGGACUUCGACCUUGGCAGUUCCAGCCGCUGAUCCGAGGAUAUUGAGGGUCCAAUUCUGCAAAAUCUACACGAAGAGCAGGAACUUCUCACUGCAUGGUGGGUCACAUUACAUUUCCCGUUCAUAGGAAUUCUUCCCCACCUGAAGUUGUGAAGUUUCUGUGGGAUAACUGAAAGGAAAAACAAAAAAUGUACAUGUGAAUAGUGGUCUCUGUUGAUCGGUCUGGUAUGAUUUACCUGGACAGCUAAGCAUUAAUCUGGUGUCAUGAACGUGUCUAUUAGCAAAUGCUGAUUUGUGGAUAUGUAAAUUUUACUUAAUGAAAAAUAGUUAAAUGUUA